CUCCUUCCUUCGCUCUGUCCCAUCUAGUCUACUUUACUACGACGUUACCACCGUGCUACCCUGAUCGUCGAGAGAAUCCACUUUUCAGGCACGAACAUCGACCCUUCGAGCCCGGGCCGCCGAUUGCGACAUCCCAGGGCUCGAUGUCGUUUUGCGAGUCGGACAAUUUUCAUUAUGUAGCUAAUGUAGCUAAGGCAUUUUAUGGGAAUUCCAGAAGGAAAAAUUGAGAAAUUAAUCGGAUGCGCCGCAAGGAUGGUGAACUGUAGCGAUGGAUGGAUGGGUCCACUGGAGAUGUCACUGCUUGGCGGCGAUGGGAGGGCGAGGAUAUCUCCGCGCGAUAUUGGGUGAUGUUUGGAGAUGGUGUUUAUUAUGUGUGGAUGUUAUGUGGUCUACGGAUGCUCUUGUGUGGACUUGAUACGAGUAGCUACCUUGAGAGGGUACCUAGGUUGUUUGUCGUUCUGGCUCAGUUCAGCUCAGCUCAGGUCACUAUGGUUAGAUGUUGAAUAAUGGACGCAAAAUGAUUGAUCAUAUCCCUCAAUGCACUUCCAUCCCAUCCCAUUCCAUCCGUUCGGACGGUGACAACAGGUUAGACUGCCGCAGAACCCGCCGUGGCAGAGAGCUCUUUGGAACCGUUUUCGUUCGACAUCUGGGCCUUCCCAAGUUCCCUCCCCUCCCCCCCCACUAACUCGAAUCGAUCGGUUAGGUAAUGGAUGAUUAAAUGCGUACAAACCCUUCUUUGUUACGUGGGAGUUGCGGAAUGUGAAGGAUUUGAAUUUAAUUUGAGUUUUGUUUGUACAGACGGUUACGCGUGGACAAGGUUAGUAGGAUUAAGGUUGUCUUGAGUGG